GCUAACGACACAGCUACUUAGCUAAGCUAAUUAGCUAGCUCGUAGCCCGCCGCUCUCCACCGUCCACCGUCCAUAUUUAACGUUUUUAUUUUAAUAAUAAACUGCAGCAUGCAUGUAGUGAGUUAGUCGUUAAAAUGGCGUUCAAUGGCCACCAACGCGAGGAUGAAAACAUCGACGAAGACGAGACCCCCACGAAGCAGCCGCGGCCCGACAGUGAGGCCGCAGAGAGGGCCUCGUCCGACGGCCGGAGCUCCAACUCGACACCGAGGCUUCGGAGCGACUCGGUGAAAAAGACAAGGCCGCCAUUUCCCUGGUUUGGGAUGGACAUUGGAGGCACCCUGGUGAAGCUGGUGUACUUUGAGCCCAAAGACAUCACGGCAGAGGAGGAGCAGGAAGAGGUGGAGAACCUGAAGAGCAUCCGGCGCUACCUCACCUCCAACACCGCCUAUGGGAAGACGGGCAUCAGGGACGUGCACCUGGAGCUGCAGGACCUGACGCUGUGCGGCAGGACCGGAAACCUGCACUUCAUCCGCUUCCCCACGCAUGACCUGCCGGCCUUCCUGCAGAUGGGCCGCAACAAGCACUUCUCCAGCCUCCACACCACCCUCUGCGCCACGGGAGGGGGGGCGUACAAGUUUGAGUCUGAUUUCCGCACGAUGGCGGAUCUGCAGCUCCACAAGCUGGAUGAGCUGGACUGUUUGAUCCGGGGGGUGUUGUACAUCGACUCGGUGGUGUCCAAGGGACCCUCAGAGUGCUACUACUUUGAGAACCCCACCGACCCAGAUCGCUGCAUCCAGAAGCCCUACACACUGGAGAACCCUUACCCUCUGCUGCUGGUCAACAUUGGGUCCGGGGUCAGCAUCCUGGCCGUUUACUCUGAGAGCAACUACAAACGAGUUACAGGGACCAGCCUCGGUGGUGGGACCUUCCUGGGCCUGUGUUGCCUGCUGACCGGCUGCUCUACUUUCGAGGAAGCUCUAGAAAUGGCUUCUCAAGGGGAGAGCACCCGAGUGGACAAGCUAGUUCGGGACAUCUACGGAGGAGACUAUGAGAGGUUUGGGCUGCCAGGUUGGGCUGUAGCCUCCAGUUUUGGCAACAUGAUGUCCAAAGAGAAGAGGGAGUCGGUGACCAAAGAGGACCUGGCCAGGGCAACGCUGGUCACCAUCACCAAUAACAUCGGCUCCAUCACCAGGAUGUGUGCUCUCAAUGAGAACAUAGAGAGAGUGGUGUUUGUGGGUAACUUCCUGAGAGUGAACACUCUCUCUAUGAAGCUGUUGGCCUACGCUAUGGACUACUGGUCUAAAGGACAGCUCAAGGCGCUCUUCCUGCAGCAUGAGGGCUACUUCGGAGCGGUUGGAGCCCUGUUGGAGCUUCUGCAUCCGUCCUAAUCCGUCUGCACUACAUCCAAAGAAGAACUUGUCAAUCUGCUGCAAAAACCUUUAGCACUUUAGACUGUCCAAAAAUGUAUUCCAUAGUGGGAUGAUGUGCCAGCCACCUGCCAGUUACUGGUAAAUUCUGGUUGUGGCAAGCAAACUGUCAAACAUUUGGAGGUCCUAUUAUUAUGUUCUCAGCAAUCAACUGGUUUGUGAAAUUCGAGUCUAAAUUGUGUUUCGCAUGCUGCUGUGGUCAGUGUUGAGAAAUGUUUCCUGCCCCGUCUUAUGUAGCAAAGUCACAAGGUUUGGUCUGAAACAUCUCAUGGAAAUUCACCAUGUUUGCCUGAAAAUACUCGUCAUCACAGUCUUGAGGACUGCAUUUACCCCUCAGAGGGUAUCAGGUCCUGGGCCUAAAAUGUACCCUACAUAGGAACAGGUGGAUGGAAGUUUGUUCAAUUGGACCAUACCCAAUGAGUAUAUAUUAUGGUUGCUAGAACUUAAAGAUUAUCACAGGAAAUAUUUUACCAGUAAUUCAUCAUUGUUUAUUUCCUGAAUAUGUUGUUGAUUAAUUGUUUGGUGUAUUAAUCAGACAAUAGCUAAACAUGCCUGACUUAACUUUCCAAAGCCAAAGAUGACUUCUUUAAAACGCUUGUUUUGUCCAAACAGCAUUUCUAAACUCAAAGAUAAAUGUUUACCGUCAUAUGAGACAAUGAUAUGCAAGAAAUCUUAUUUCAGAAGCUGGAAACAGGACAUUUUUUGCGAUAAUAAUGUUGCAGAUUACUAUCGAUUGACUAAUUCUUUCAGCUCUACAUACUUGCAGUCCUAAAUAACAAGAUAUGGGAAAUCAACACUGGUUUAUCUUGUCACAGUCAUGGGUGAUGUUUUGAGACUAGACGGUUGAACUAAAAUUGAAAGACUGUCAGGCCGGAUAUUGUCGUGAUAGUACUCCCAUCCAUCUCAUGCUCUUUGUAAACUGAAGCAAAACACUGAUAAUAAUUUACAACCACUAAUUAUUUGUGUUAUAUCAUCCUUUAUCACUUAUUCAUUGUCACCCAUUGGACUUUAAAUGAGGGUGUAGAUGAAACUACAGGUUUUCCUCACUGAAUGUUGCAUUUCUGUCUCUUCACUGGCACCGUAAUUGAUAAAAACAAAGAAAUCUCCACAAGGUCAAUGCCAUUUCAUCUUUAAAGGAGACAUUUACUGUUAUGGUUAAAGAAUGUGUAUCAUUUAUAUACUUUUUGCAUUUGAGAUCUUAAUGUGUGUAACCUUUCUGAACCCAUUAGUUUACUCCAAACGGUCUUUUUGUAACGGUGGUAUCAGAAAGUCUAGACAAUCAGUUUUGAGGUGAGUGAGACUGGACUGUAAAGCUUUAAGUCUCUUUCUGGCCUCUGCCCUUCUGAAGUGCCCUUGAGCCACUGCAUCCCUCUCCUUGUAGAGUUAAGUGAGUUUUCCCCAGAUUUAAUAUUAAAAAAAAAGGUUACUUUAAUGCAGAUACUUGAUGCAUCCCUCCAAUGGAGGCUUUAGGUCCUGAAAUCCCCAAACAUUGUUGUCUUCUUCAGAAUGUGUGUACUUAAAUGUUUUGAAUUCAAUGUACGUCUUGGUCAGUUUCAGUUUUUUUUUUUCAGUAAGGUAGAAUUUGAAAAAUGUUCAACCUCGUGUCUCUUAUACGCGUGUUAUCAGAGUUGUUAUUCGUCCCAUCAUUUCAUUGAAUACUUAUCCGUCACAUUUUUAUGUCAUCUGUUUGUUUAGUAAUCGCUCCAUCGAUGGAUACAGGGACCAUAAUGACUCCUCAACUACCUAAAAGAGACUAGACUCACAAAAUAGUUGGACAGUAUUUCAGCUGACAGUUAGUUGAAAAAUGUAUCUGUAAGCUAAUUUUUAAAUUAAGUGCCUGUCAUGUUUUUGUAUAGAAUACAAUAAUGUGUUCAGCAAUGUGAUUUGAAAUGAGACAAACUGGUCUGUAACUCUAUAGGUGUCCCUCUGUUUGCUUAUAAUGUUACAUUGCAAAGAAAACGUUGUACUUGUAUUGUAACAGUCAUUCUUUUUUUGCAUUGUUCCUUAUUAAAUACACACUUUUCAUAUCUUUGUGACAA